AUGAAUUGCACUUAUCAUAUCAAAAGUCCAAUAUCUUUGAUAUGUAUAGCUCCUCAUAAGUGCUAAUGCUAAAGGAAACUUUGUGUAGAAUGCCAAUAUGACCAUGGAGUGGAUGUCAAACAAACAAUUCCGAUUGCUAAAUUUCAAGACAUUGCAAUGAAGAAAUUAAAAGACUCCAAGCUUGAUGAUAACCAAGAGUUAACUAAAUAGAGAGUGGCCUUUAAAGCCUUGCUCACUCAAACCGAAUAAAUGAUGAAGAAAAUUUGGGAAGAAUUGUCACAAUCAAUUAAAUAAGUUUACGAUUGGAUUGAAAAGCAAAACUCAUCAUUCUUAAAUCUCAUCGACGAAAAUACAAAUCUAGCUGAAUCCUCCUACACUGAUAUAUAAAAAUUAGUAAACAUUGUAGAUGGAUCAACUUUAAUAGAUUGGAAUGCUUCGAAGAAUUCUUAUAUGAAGGAGUUAGAUAAGACCAAGAGCUGGUGGGACCAACAUAUGAAGGCUUUUAUUGAGAAGUCUAACUAAGGAAUCCAAUAAAUCCAAUCAUUAAUUAAGUAAGUAUUUAUUUGUUAUUGUAGAAUUUAAGCCAAUCAAGAAGAAGAAUCAGAAGAAGUUUAUUAAAUGAAGGAAGAUUUAUAUGAGAUGUUAACCUACAUCCAGGAUAUAGAUGAAUCUCUUUAUUAGAAGAUUCUUGAUAUACUUAGAAAAGAGAAAGUUUCAGACAUAAUUGGAUUCCUGUCGAAGACAUACAAUAAUCAGUUUUAUGAAUCUUUAAACUACAAGUAAGAGAAUAUAAUGGUGAUCAAGAAGUAAGUAAAGAAAAUAACUAAUGUCUUGAAAAAUAUUUAGGAUCAUCAAUAUAAUAAAGAUGACUAUUCUCAAGAAACAUAUGAAAAGGAAAGAGCGGAUAUGAUCAAGAGGAUAAAGGAUAACAAAGGGAUCACAGAUUUCAUCAAAUUUUUAGUACAACUCACAAGCAUAGAUGUUAAAUUUAUUCAAUCGGGAUCAAAUGGACUUAGUUUAUUAGUGGCCAUGAAGGUUGUUCUUCGUAACCAAUCAUUUGAAAAUAUCAGGAUCAAGAAUACUUCUUUAAUUGGAGGUAAUUUUGUAAGAUGCAACUUGAGUGAAUCAGAGUUUGAAAAUGUUGAAAUCAGUGGAUUGAAUUUGAAUGGUGCUUAAUUAUUCAAUUGUAAAUGGAAGAACUUGAAAAUCCAUGAAUUGAAUAAGUUGGAUGGUCAUACUCAUUAUGUCAACUCUGUCUGUUUCUCUCCUGAUGGAAAUACAUUAGCUUCUGGUAGUA